AUGUACGUUCUGGUCACUGUGCUGGUGGCAUUAUUUUUAACUCUUUAUUUAAAGUGGCUUAAGAGCAGGCGCCUAUGUCUUGAUGCAAAAAGACUGGAUGGCAAAACUGUCCUCAUAACUGGUGGGACUUCUGGUGUUGGAAAAGAGACGGCCAUUGCUUUGGCAAGACGUGGUGCCCGUGUUUAUAUUACAUGUCUUGAUGAACAGAAAGGAGAGGCUGCUGUACGAGAGAUUAAGAGGGAGAGCUCAAGUAUGAAUGUCCGAUUCUGCUGUCUGAACUUGGGAAACCUGCAAAGCAUACGUAACUUUUGCAGAGAGUUUCUGAAGGCUGAAAAACGUCUUGAUAUCCUUAUAAACUAUGAUGGAGUACCAGCUCUGCUAGACUGGACAGAUAACGGAUACAGCAUGUGUUUCGGAGUCAACCACCUUGGCCCUUUUCUUCUCACCAAUCUACUGCUGGACCGCCUCAAACAUUGUGCACCAAGCCGUAUUGUUAAUGUCACUUCUAACAUUCACAAAUAUCAGAAGCUGGACUUCACAGACCUUAACUACAACACAGUGCCACUUUUUACAUACUGCAGAAGCAAAUUAGCAAAUGUCUACUUUACCCAGGAAUUGGCUCAGCAGGUGGAAAGGCAUGGCAUAUCUGCAUGUGCUGUUCAUCCAGGUUAUGUUGUUGGUGAGUGGACAUCCCAAUUUUCAGUCCUGUUCCGCAUAGUGAUGUAUGUCUUCACAUCGAUGUUCUUCAUCUCCUGCCAGGCAGCUGCUCAGACUGUAAUUUACUGUGCUGUAUCUGAUGACAUUCUCCAGCACAAUGGAGGUUAUUUCUCAGACUGUAAACCAUUCAAGUUGCAGCCACAUGCACAGGACACUGGAAUAGCCAAAAAGCUUUGGGAAGCAAGUGAAACAAUGGUUGGUCUUACCUCCUCUCCGAGGGAACAUUUAGCUGCAAGAACACGAUAG